CUUCCCUGCACUACUUCGACGACACUGCUUUUGGCGACAAACCGGAAGAGUUUUGGGUAUCAACAGAACCAGAAUACACUGAGGAGGAUCUCGAAUUAAUCACCAGAAACAUUCAGACAGGCCUCACCUUAAGCGACAAUGGCAGCAACCCGGGCGACCACCAACACGCUGAAGAAGCUUCUGACCGAACUGAAGGCCAUAACUCCUGAAGCAAACCGGAAAGAAUCCUUGGCGGCCAAAUACGUGAUUUCACAGUUUAAAAAGUUUGAAACGACCGAGCAGCAGCAUUGUCGAGCCAAGGAGGAAAUGCAAUUUGCUGCGGAGACCUAUCUGUGCUAUCUGCGGAGCGUGCGCAAGCACAAGGAACUCAGCGAGAUGUACAGCGGCCGUGGGGAACGAAGCAUUCGCGAUACAGCCGAUAUGGUGGGCUUCAAGCUUCCCCAUGAUCCGAAAUGAGCGCGGCUGGGAAACUAUUGGCCUCAGAUUUAUUGUACAGAUUGGUUGAUUGAAUUAAUAUAGUAGUUUUGAAAAAUCCAAAA